CUCUGGUUCAUGAGGUCCGUUCGCGCCAGUGCCAUUCCCACGGCCGCACUGGCGGCUCCCCGCCGAUCCACCCUUCCGUUGUCUGAUCCAGAUCACCCCGAGGUCUCCUGAUUGAACAUAUCGGUCUUGCCAACAAUGGUCUCCGACGCGAGAGUUGGUUCUGCUCACACAACGCACUCACACCCAGCAGUAGCACCCCCAGCGGCACUGCCCAUUGAUCCUCCUCCUCCUUCUCCUCCGUUUGUUCGUCCACAAUGGCGGCUCCCACGUCCGAUUGAUGCAGCCUUGCCCGAGAUGCAUCUGUGGUCCAUCUUCGUCAGCAGCACGGCUUCCCACACCAUCUCGACUUUCCUCCGUGCCCCAUUACCCCCGCGGUUCUACCGCCCAAGAACAUCCAAGAAAUGCCGUCUCUGCCUCCGAUCCAUCCUCCGAUCCAUCCUCUGGCCGCUGAUCCUUCGACAGCAGCUCCAAGCACCCAGCCAUCGGCACCUGAGCCCAUUGUGCUCCCGGCUGUGCCCUUCCAACUGCUGCGGUACCAGCACCGGCUCUCCUGCAGCAGCCAAAGCUCCAUAUCCCAGGGCAGCUCUGUCGCUCGGGUUUCUCGGAACUCGGUCAAGGUCCGUGCCCCGCCGCUGCGAUCAAGCGUCACCCGGCCCAGCAUCCGGGGCUUCAUCCAUCCCAUCGACCAUAUAGCCGGACACCCCACCACGGUCACCGAGGUCCUCGUGGACUCGGUCGAGCUGAAUGCCGUCGACCAGAAGCAUGCCCAGGUCAUCAGCCAGGCAGCUGCUCGCCUGCAGAACAGGCUGGAGGGCCUCGAGCACAUCGAUAUGGCCGGUGCUGUCGAGAAGAUGGUCGAGCAGCGCGGCGAGCAGCGGACUGCCGCGGAGCGUUGGAAGUAUGCCCUGGAGACGACGCUGUCUGGUGUCAAGGCCGUGCGUGCAUUCCGAAACCGGGAGAUCGAAGAGAAGGCAACCCCUUCCCAGGGUGUGAUUGAUUCGACCUUUAUCGCCAACAAGAUCGGCUUCUCCCUCGAAGACUAUCGAGCCCAGCGAAACCGGUUCGACUGUGGGCUAUCGCGAGACACCCGACAGGCGCUGAAGAAGGACCCAAAGGACUACUCCCAGCGAGACGUUGAUUUACUCUUUCACCUGACCUCGUCUCUGCCGGCGUUUUCAAAGUACAACACGGCCGUGCGCAAGGCCCUCUGUCGGGUCACCAAGUUUGAAGCUUUCAAGCAGGGACGAGUGAUUGUCAAAGAGGGCCACGAAGCGCAAAACUUUUACUUUAUCGCAAGCGGCCAGGUCGAGAUCCGGAAGCAGAUCGAAGGCCAGUCGAUCCUGCUCAAUGUUCUGAAGACGGGCGACAGCUUCGGAGAGCUUGCCUUGCUGCAGAAUGUGCGGCGGUCUGCCACCGUCAUUACCCUGAUGGACACGGAGCUUCUGAGGGUCAACAAGGACGACUUUUUGGAGGUCCUCAGGACCGAGUCGGAGAAGGAUCUGCACGAGAAGGUCGAACUGCUGCAGUCCAUUCCGCUGUUCCAGAUGCUCUCACGGGCAGCCAUCAUCCACUUGGCAGCCACCAGCCAGUCGCGAGACUAUGUCGCAGACCAAGUGAUUACGACCGAGGGGGAAGUUCCGCAGAGCAUUGUCGUCAUCAAGGAGGGGUACUGUCGCCUGGUCAAGGCCGUGCGGUUCCUGCGAGUGCCCUGGUCUAAAGCUUACCCGGAUCGCUUCAAGCUUGUGCCGUGCCCAGAAGGCUUUGGCGAGAAGCCCAAGCCGACCCGGCAGGCGGAGCGCACCCAGCUCCGGCCUGGGAACGUCACCUUCCUCACGGCGACGCAGUUUGUGGAGCCCGUGGUCCAGCCGCCGAUCGUCAACCGGGUACUCAAGAUCAAGGACUGCAGCGUUGGCGAGACGCUCUUUGCAGUCUCGGCCGUCGUCCAGCUGGGCACGCCCAACAUUGUCCGGCACCUCAACAUGACGAUGCGGCAAGAGCGCCAGGCCAAGCGGGCGCCGUUUUCGAUCCUCUCCAACGGCCGGGUCAAGAUCCUGCUCAUCAACCGUGGCGAGUUUGCGCGGGUGGCCACAGCCGAGAUGGCCGAGACCAUCGGGGCCAAGCACCUCGACGACUCGCUCGAGGUUUGGCAUCCGCAGAAGCUCCAGCACGAGUACAUCAACGCCCGCCGCUGGAAGCUGCACAAGGCCGGGGUGAUCUCGGAGCUGGUCGAGAAGCGCGAUCUGGAUGUCCGCGAGCGGGUCUGUAAUGCGCUCCCGCGGAUAGCUUGAGCCGCUGGACGGUGGGGAGUGUGGGGGUUGUUUGCCGGCGGAUACCGGGAUUUGUCAUGAGCAACGAGCAUGUGCGCAGAACAUGGAUGCAGAA